AUGCUAGUGUCGGUGCUAUUGAUGAUUGCACUAGCCAGUGCUGAACCAUCGGUGUAUUUUCGAGAGCAGUUUGAAGAUGAUGCUUGGAAUACCCGUUGGGUUGAAUCCAGCCAUAGGUCGGACUAUGGGAAAUUUGUCCUGACUGCUGGGAAAUUCUAUGGAGAUGCAGAGAAAGACAAAGGUCUCCAGACCAGCCAGGAUGCCCACUUCUACUCUUCUUCUGCUCGCUUUGAGCCCUUCACCAACCAGGCCAAGACCCUGGUGAUCCAGUUCACUGUCAAGCACGAGCAGAACAUCGACUGCGGGGGAGGCUACAUCAAGCUAUUCCCCGCUGACCUCGACCAGGCAGACAUGCAUGGAGACUCUAACUACAACAUCAUGUUCGGUCCAGACAUCUGUGGCCCAGCCACGAAGAAAGUUCAUGUCAUUAUCAACUACCAGGGCAAGAAUCACCUCAUCAGAAAGGACAUCAGAUGCAAGGAUGAUGAGUACACCCAUCUGUACACUCUGAUCCUGAACCCUGACAACACGUAUGAGGUGAAGAUUGACAACAAGAAGGCGGAGUCUGGAAGUCUGGAGGAGGACUGGGACAUUCUGCCCCCUAAAAAGGUCAAGGACCCCGAGGCUGUGAAACCAGAUCACUGGGAUGAGAGAGAGAGGAUGGAGGACCCAGACGAUAAGAAACCAGAGGACUGGGAUAGCCCCGAGAACAUUGCUGACCCUGACGCUAAGCAGCCUGAGGAUUGGGAUGAUGAGAUGGACGGUGAAUGGGAGCCACCCAUGGUCUCCAACCCUGACUAUAAGGGUGAAUGGAAACCCCGUAAGAUUGAUAACCCUGACUACAAGGGCAAAUGGUUGCAUCCUGAGAUUGACAAUCCAGACUACAGUGCAGACUCUGAGAUCUACAGAUUUGACAGCAUAGGAGUCAUUGGCCUGGACCUGUGGCAGGUGAAAUCUGGGACUAUCUUCGAUAACUUCCUGAUCACAGAUGAUGCUACGCUGGCAGAAGAAGUCGGCAAUGAGACCUGGGGUCAGACUAAGGACCCAGAGAAAAAGAUGAAGGAGUCCCAGGAGGAGAAGGAGAGGAAGAAACUAGAGGCAGAAGAGAUGGCGGGGAAAGAGGAGACAAAAGACGAGCCUGGAGAAGAGGAGGAGGAGGAGGAGGAAGAAGAGGAAGAGUUGGAGCAUGAAGAAGAGGAGGAAGAAGAGGAGACUGGAGCACAGGAAGAGGAGGAGGAAACAGAUUCUAUAAAGGAUGAACUUUAGAGGACUUUGACUUUCUCAUAGGGGUGACUUCGUUCUUUGAGCCUGGGGAGAGAUUAUUCAUCAUUUCACUUUACCAUCCAGUCAGUCCUCAAAGUAAUAAUGU